ACACGACGAGUGUGUAGUACAUUUAAGAUCGCGUGUUAGUUUUCAUGUGGACGUAGCAGUGGUCGAAGCGCGUGACGUUCGCAGGCUACGACUAUAAUAUACUAGUACUAUUGCAGUAAUUUUCGCGGUUCAUUAUCUUUUUGUUUUUUUUUUACCAUUUUUGUUUAUUUAUUUCGACGAUUUUAAAAAACAAUUUAAUCAAUGGUUUUGAAACUUAUUGCGGUGAAUUUUUUAAUUUGGUUUACAUUUAAUUGCCAUGGACAGGCAAAAUCAAGAGAAACUCAUUUUCCGGGUUAUCAUUUCUGUGGACCGGGUACGGACUUUUUGGAACGCAUUGCUCGUGGUCAGCUUGGUAUCAAUAAGCUAGAUGAAGCUUGUCGGUCACAUGAUUCAGUUUACACAGACAGUACGGAUUUUCAAUUGAGAAUGGAAGCCGACAUGAAACUGGAAACAGCAGCAUGGGAGCGAGUGAUAGCGAAGGAUAGCAGUUACAAGGAGAAAUUCGCUGCAUGGAUGGUGACAAACAUCAUGAAAGUGAAACGAAAGUGGAAUACUCGACGUCUGCAACGGGAGUUUGGUAAAAAACCUAGUGAAUUGUCUCCGGUAAACAAAAAACCUCGACGUUCAAUUGAUGACCACCAUAAAACUUGGUUUCGAUACCGAUUAUAAUAACACUGAGAUUGAAAGAAAAUAAUUUUCACUUGAAAAUAUAACACUAACAAAGAAUUGUUCCCUGCAAGUGCAAAUUGGCAAUCUGUAAUAUCGUUGAACCUUGAGAUUCAAUAGGCAAUAGAAUGAUGUUUAGCAACUACACGCUGUGAUAUUAUGUUUAAUUAAAUACAUUUUUUGUGCUGUACGUAUUAUUAUUAUUGUGAGCUCCAAAGCGAAAUGUAAUAAUAAGUAUCGAAUGACAUAACAAUAAAUCUAAAGCGUUUUUCUCUGUUGAGUGUUCAACAAUGUGCUAAUGUGGAAUUGCAUAGAUUUAAUGUAUUUAAUAUGAAGUUCGAUGUAAUAUUUUUAACAUAUGUGAUGAUAAUAUAUUAUAAUUUUUAAUCUGUAUGACUAUAUUAUAUUAUAGGAGUACCUAGUCAAUAUAAAUAUAUUUUUUUCCUUAAGGAUUGAAGUUGUUUUUCAAAUAUGUUAAUGAUACCUAUUACUGUAAUAUAUUGUUAUGUAUAAUUAUUUA